ACAAAGGGCAGCAGAAGGGACUCCACAAUGGGAGACAGUUUUCUUGAACAGCUGAUAGAGGACAGCGCCUUCCUCAAAGCUGAGAGGAGACUGGACACAGAGCUGGUGGAUAAACUCAUCCUGCAGCUCAACAGAAUCUACCCACAAAUACUGUCAGACAAGGAGGCCACCAAGUUCAGAAACUUGGACGUGCCUGCUAGUGUUCGAGUGGGGGAGCUUCUGGCACACCUGCGGGGAAAAGGCGAGGAAGCAUGCAAGGAAUUUUACAGAGCUCUUCACCUGCAUGUAGAGGAGGUAUACUACAGCUUACCCACACGACUCCGCCUCAGAGAUUCCUUAGAUCCACUCGCAUAUCCACGUGUGUGCCAACAGAGACAUGUUAUGAACGACAGAGGUCCCCUCUUCUUUCUGGGCUGUUUCAGCUUUGCAGUUGGAAUGGCUUUACUCUAUUACUACAGUGAAGCUAAACUGACAAGAGGCAGCCGGGCCCUCGGCAUGGCUGGUCUGGGUUUGAAAAAAAAAGCUCAGGAGGUUCUUAUAUGGUACACCGAAGAAAGACUCAUGAAGUAAGGCGAGACUGCCUCGCACCAGGUGCUUCAGCAAAACUUCUCUAAUGAAUAUUAUUUUUUACCAAAGCACAACACACUAUAUCUUUUCAUGGGCUCAAUACUAAUUUUGUACACAGUUGUAUAUAUUACUUUGUUUGUGAUCAGAAAAUGAGAAAGAUGGGGCAUAUUUGGAGCUACAUUUGUCACUUAGUGCUUGUAUUUCCUCUUAUGUUGUGCCUAUUUAAUUUGGGUUAAAGGGAUGAAUAAACUCAAGGGAUGAACAUAUUAAAAUUACAAACAAGGAGAUUGAACAAGUUGUUCUCACUACAAUCUUCAGAUGUGGAAAGCAGCUUUUACAAACCAGUUUAUCAAGAAAAACCCAAAAUUAGGCAUUUUAAAUAACUCAGUAUUAACAGUUGGAGGUAACUCGUAACUACAUAGGUUUAGCCUUUUUACAUCACAACAGGAUAAUAGCUAGUUGAUCAGUAUAUAUUGCAGCCAUAUAAUAA